GGCGGCGUUCGGAUUGAAUUGGCGUCAAACUCAGGAUUGAGAAAGUCAUGUUGAGCAAUAGCAACACUGAUCUGAUGAAACAAAUAAAAGGAAAACGCGGACAGAUGGAGAAACCAUAGAUUUAUACAGUUCACCUUAUUUGUUUGCUUAAUACCAUUUAGAGAAACGGAAAAGUUGAGCGCUUAUCGAUUGUUUAGCAAAGAAUCAACAACAAAAAGCUCUUUUCGUUUGGGAUCCCUUGCCAAACCUAAAGGUAACGUAAGGCUGAUAUAGGAAGCAUCAUGACAUCAAGAACUUUGCGGAAAAGGCUUCAUCAUGGGGAUGUUGAUGGGAAAAAGAAUGAGCAUUUAGAGACAUCAGGGUCAGAUGAUCUUAAUGAGCCUCUACUGGGGAAUUAUUAUUCAGAUACGCAUGCUGAGGGAUCCUCACUUGAAGAGACCUGCGAUGAUGAACGGAGAAAGGAAUACCUCCAUUGGACUCUUCUGUUUUCUCAGUUGAUUGCACAGUGGGCACGGUGGUUAGUUGUUCCAGUGCUUCAUCUAACGUCAAAUGUUAAGUUACUGAAUUGUCUCAAGAAAGUGGCAAUUUUCAUUGGACAAGCAAAUAUUGUUCUUGGAUCGGGAUCGCUUAUUGGGCAGCUUUUGACCUUCCCUUCAACUACACAAAAUGGACAAAGCACUAAGUUGCUUGCACCACCCCUUAGUCCUCUGCAAGAAGCAAGACUCAGAAAGCUGCGACAAAGGCUUGAAGUACCCUUUGAUGGCUCUCGUGUGGAGCAUCAAGAUGCACUUUUACAGUUAUGGAGGUUGGCUUAUCCAGAUAAGGAGCUCCCACCUCUUAAAUCAGAGCUUUGGAAACAGAUGGGAUGGCAAGGUUCAGACCCUUCAACAGACUUUAGAGGCGGGGGAUUUAUAUCAUUGGAGAAUCUUAUAUUUUUCGCACAACAGUAUCCGGAAUCAUUCCAAAGAUUGUUGCACAAACAAGAUGGAACUAGAGCUGAGUGGGAAUAUCCCUUUGCUGUAGCUGGUAUCAAUAUUUCUUUUGUCUUGGCACACAUGUUGGAUCUUCAAUCAGAGCCAGCUAGUUUGGCAGGCAUCCGUUUUCUCGAACUGCUUCAAGAAGAUGAAAUGGCAUUUGAUAACCUUUAUUGUGUAGCCUUCCAGAUGAUGGAUGCUCAAUGGCUUGCAAAACGUGCUUCCUAUAUGGAGUUCAAUGAUGUUCUGAAGUCUACAAGAAGUCAGCUAGAGCGUGAGCUUGCACUUGAAGAUGUCUCAAGUGUAAAAGAUUUGCCAGCAUACAAUAUGUUGAGAAGAUGAUCUCUUAUUCUCUUUUAGUUUUUUUAUUUUUUCAGUUCUCAUUCCUGUAAUUCUUCUUAUGUUCUCACCAUCUGUAAUAUCAUAGAAGAAAUUCUAUCUUCAAAAUCCAGUAGUAACAUAUUUAAUUCAUUGAUCCAAGCGCCUUAUCAUC